GUCCAUCACGAACUGCCCAGGCAACGUCACAGAAUCCACGCCCGCAACCCGCCUCUUCAAGGUCCCCUCAACGCCGCGUUCAACUCCUCCAACCUCUUCAAACCGACAUCAUUCCCGGGACCUCGUCGUCCUUGUCACCCUCCGGCGUCCGUUGCGAAAAGAACCACACAAGUGCCGACCACCGAACGAGCGAACGAUAAACAGUGAAAGCGAGCUUUCCCCGCUCAUUCCCAUCUUAUCACGAACUCCCACCUCUUCGUCGCCGCACCACGACCCAGCCCGGACGGAAUCGCUCACGGUCUUAAAUAAUAAAAAGCAGCCACGAUGUCAGGAAUCACCGACUUCCUCGGUCGUGCCAUCAGCACGGUCAAGCAGGCCAUCGACGCUGAUAACGCCGCCGAAUACGAAAAGGCCUUCCAACUGUACACAAAGUCUCUCGAGCUGUUCGUCCUCGCUGUCAAGUGGGAGAAGAACCCCAAGUCCAAAGAACUCAUUCGCCAGAAGACGGCCGAGUAUAUGGACCGCGCCGAGAAGCUAAAGACGUAUCUUAACGAGGCCGAGGCCAAGAAGAGCGGUGGAGGAGGCGGCGGCGGUGGCGGGAAUAAACCCGGCGCCAUGGGCGUCAACGGCGGUGGCAAGGGCAAGGCGAGCGACGACGGCGACGAGGACAACAAGAAGCUGCGCAACGCCCUCAGCGGCGCCAUUUUGCAGGAGCGGCCCAACGUGCGGUGGGACGACGUCGCCGGUCUCGAGGGCGCCAAGGACACGCUGAAGGAGGCCGUCGUGCUGCCCAUCAAAUUCCCCUCGCUGUUCCAGGGCAAGCGUCAGGCGUGGAAGGGCAUUCUGCUCUACGGUCCCCCAGGAACCGGUAAGAGUUAUCUGGCCAAGGCGGUCGCUACAGAGGCGAACAGCACGUUCUUCAGCGUCAGCAGUUCCGACCUGGUGAGCAAGUGGAUGGGAGAGAGUGAAAGACUCGUCAAGGCGCUGUUCAGCAUGGCGAGAGAAAACAAGCCCUCGGUCCUCUUCAUUGACGAAAUCGACGCCCUCUGUGGCCCCCGCGGCGAAGGCGAGUCCGAGGCUUCGAGGCGUAUCAAGACAGAGCUUCUUGUGCAGAUGGAUGGUGUCGGAAACGACAGCAAGGGCAUCUUGGUACUCGGCGCGACGAACAUCCCCUGGCAACUCGACGCCGCCAUCCGCAGACGUUUCCAGCGCCGCGUGCACAUCGGUCUACCCGACGUUAACGGCCGCGCGCGCAUGUUCAAGCUUGCCGUCGGCGACACGGAAACGAACCUUCAGCAGGACGACUACCGCGUCCUGGCUGAGAUGUCGGAGGGUUUCUCGGGCAGUGAUAUCUCCAACGUCGUCCAGCAGGCCUUGAUGGGGCCAGUACGCAAGAUCAUCCAGGCCACACACUUCAAGCCGGUAAUGCACGAUGGCGUCAAGAAACUGACUCCAUGCUCGCCCGGCGAUCCGGACGCCAAGGAGAUGACCUACCACGAUAUCGACUCGGAGGAACUUAUGGCGCCCACCCUCGAGCUCAAGGACUUCAAGCAGGCCCUGCGGGACUCGCAUCCCACCGUGUCCGAGGACGACGCGUCCAAACAAAUAGAGUGGACAAACGAGUUUGGCAGCGAGGGUGCAUGAGCCGAGCCGUCGACCCUUGUAUCGCAAUACUCCCGGUUUGCGGUAGAUGUUAAAUCCGAUUCAUGAGAGACAGAUGCCCCAAUGCGUCACGAGACGAGGCGAGCACGAGCAAACGACCACGGCAGAUGACGAAGAUGGUACUGGGAACGUUGGAGUGGGAAGGUAGUUGUGAUUUUGAACCCAACCCUUUUUUUGAUUGUCCAGUUUAGUGUGACGGAGAGGGGAGAGAAUGAGGAGAAAUAAGACCGAAGUUGCGUGUUCGAGGGAGACAGAGAGUAAAGAGAGUUUGCGGCGUCCUCUGGCGUUGAAACGGGCCGGCAUUGGGAGGGGAAAUAUCACGUCUUUUUUUCUUUUUCUUUUCUUCCAGUCUUCAUUAUUCGGUUCUCUUCAUGUCCCGUUGCUUAUUUCUACUGCAUUGCAACUCUCCUAUCUCACUCUUCAUGCUACGUUAAGCGUACAAUACAAAAAGUUGCAGUAUACACCAAGAGGGCUGAACGAGUCCGGGGACCAAUAUCUCUCUCUUUGCCGCCCAGUCUGUGGCGCUGGCGCUACGAACAUCAUGGAUUGACGGGAUGCCGUUCGUGGAGGAGGGAUGUCGUGACCAGCUCUUUGUGGACUCUCUCGUCGCUUGUUUGUUUCUUUGAUGGGCGGAUCGCGGGAAGAAAGGGAGGCAUGCGUGGAGAAUUAAUAGAGCAGGUGAAAAAUAAAAUUCGUGGUAUUCGAGGCGAUCUUAAUGUGAAUCAGACACGGAACCCCCAACCAUCGCGAUGUCAGACAUUCCAUAGCAUGGAGGCCCCCGACAAAAAGCCCCGAUUCACAGGCAUUUCUAGCCUCCAGCAAACACACCUUGGGCUUCUCUCGUCCAUCGCGCACACAAACAUAUACUUUAG